AUCAGCUGUCGGAAGGUGCCGAUUUGUGCGGGGGAGCGGCGCGCGCUCGGCAGAACCGCGGGGUCCGCACCGGCACCAGCACCGACACGGACACCGACACGGACACCGACACGGACAUCGGCACCGCCACCGCUCCGGCACCGCCCCGGCACCGCUCCGGCACUACCUCAGCGGGACAGCAGGGCCGGCCUUUGCACUGAAGCCAAGUGAAGAACCUCACAGCUGCUCUGCUCUGAUUUGUCUGGCAGCCAAACAUCUCUGUCACUGGGACCUCGAGGGCUCUUUUUCCCCUCCCUGCCCAUCUCCCCUGUGUCUGUGCCUGGAAGCUGGUGCCCAGCAGUAGCUCCAUCCAUCCUGCUGGACUGCUCCCCACCAUGUUUCAGCGUCUCACCAGCCUCUUCUUCAGUGACAGCAACACGCCAGAGGGCCUGGAGGAGCCCAAACCCUUUGUGGAGGAAGAGGAGGAGGAGGAUGGCUGGCUCAUAAUUGAUCUUGCAGGCAGCCGUGCCCGCCCCGGCCCCGCCCGGCCCCGCCCGGCUGCUGGCGGUACCGGGCGCUCGGCGCGGCCCCGCCCGGCGCCCCCCGCUCCGCCGCCGCCACCGGCCGCUCCCCCGGCUCCGGCCGGCCCCUGCUUGAUGGACGAGAGUUGGUUUGUCACCCCUCCCCCCUGUUUUACUGCAGAGGAGCCCGGCCUCGACGACGUGGGCAGCAGCCCCAUGGAGGACCUGCUCAUCGAGCACCCCAGCAUGUCUGUCUACGUCACCAGCACCCUCGAGCUGGAUGGGGAGGGCCCCGAGGACGAUGCUGCAGAGGCGCUGCCGGAGCCGCGGCCGGAGCUGCCGGUGCUGCACCACGGCCGGGCGCUGCCGGUGAAGGCGGCGGCGCUGGACAAGCUGGGCCAGGCGCAGCGGGCGCAGCGGGCCAGGCAGCUGGCGGAGCGGCACCGCCUGGGCCAGAAGGCGCUGCAGCGGCAGAACCGCGCCCGGCAGCGCCCGUCCCGCCGCGCCAAGCAGCUCCCGGGGGCCUUCGUCCACCAGCCCUGCCAGCGCCACUGCAACUACUGACCUCGCUCCGCCGCCCAGGGGCUCCCCCGGGCCCGGCCCCGCCGGUGCGGCCCCCACGGACACCGGGGACACGGCGGCGGCUCCGCUCCACACCCCGCACGCCCGGCCCGCGCUCCUCAUCCUCCUCCUGCUCGCCCUCGCCGCGCCCUCGAUGCCGCCCGGGCCGCCACCCUGGAGCCGCCGGCAUGGAGGGCCACGCCGCCCCUCCCCAGCAGCCUUCCGUGGGAAAUGGGUAUUCCCAGUGAAACCACUGCUCCUGGAAGCCACCUUUCCCGGUGAAACCUGUUUGUCCUGAUAAGCCUGUGACAUCAGUGCCUUUCCCCACAUCAUGACUCCAUGUACAGUCUGGCUGGCACGUCACAGAGACACCGAGCGGGAGUGACAAGAGCAAUGAAGCCACAAGAUUUGGGAUUUUUAGGAAAAUCUCAUCAAUGACACUAAAUAAUGCUUCCACCCUGCAAAACCAGCAAAUACUCCUCUCCCUCCUUGAUUCCUUAGCUACAUUUUGUCAUAAGAUAACCCCCCCACUGCCAGUCCCGAAGGGGCUUGUGGCUGAAAGCACUGGUGGAGUCUCCGUGGCCAGAUCAGCCAGGCUGCUCCUGGUGCCUCACGGUGUUUUUUUUUUAAAUCGUCCUUAAAAGGAAUCUCAGGAAUCAAAGCACCAUCCCAGUGCCACGCCAGAGCCCUUGGCCACCGUGCCAGGAGGGGUGGCCAGCCUGGGGUGGCAUCACCGUGGCUGGUGGUCCCAUCUGAGCAAGCCCCCUCCUCCUGGAGCCACACCUGCCCCAGCCACACCUGUAUCCCUGUGGAUGCCCCUGUAGAUGUGUGUAUAUAUUUCUCUCUGUACUUUACACUCAGAAGAGGCACUGUCAAGCCCCAGCACGUUGUCUGCCUGGUGUCAGUCCCCGGGAGGGGAGAGGAGCCAGGGAUCUGCACAGCUUCCCCAGGUGGCCAGAGCACGUCCGUGGUGGUGGUGAAGAGAUGCUGAAGAGGAGGCCAGAGGGAAGAGGCUGAAGUAAGGACAAAGAUAGAUCUGGGAGCCAUUGCAAUGGGUCAGGAUGGGGCAGGCCUGAGUGAGAAGAUUACUGUAACAGACUCUAACAGAUGCAUCUUCUUUCCCCACUAAAAAUGGCAUCCUUUCCCACCAAGGGCCAAGUUCCACUGCUAGGUGACACUAAUUUUUAAUGCAAAUCCCUCUUUUCUCUGUGAUAGACUCCUUCUGCCUUUGGAAGAACAUGGUCCAGCCUUUUCACUGGCUCCAGCACCAGCUGAGACAGCUCCAAAUCCAGCAGAAAUCUGCUGAUCUGCUCCCAGUUCACUCCUUUUAGGAACUGGUUUUGCACCCUGUGCCCUGGGAAAGCAUCCUUCUUGUGACCAGCUCACAGCCCAGAUUCCCAACCUCUGAGACAAGAAAUAUCCCCACAACACUCCAGAAAAUUCUGAUUUCACUGGAGGUUCUUCCACUCACCAUGUUGCAUCCCUGAGUAUCAGCUGGGGAUCAGCUGAAGGAAUUGUGGUGAGCCCAAACUGAGACAGCCGAUAGUUAUUAAUCCUUUUAAUGAGGUUAAAGCCCAAACCAGCCCCCAGCUCCGGACCAGGCCUGGCUGCUGCUCACCUGCAGCGUUUCCCCUUCACUCCACUGCCCCGGUUCCCAAAGCCCGAGCUGGGGCUCUCCUGCCCCGGGCAUUGC